AUGUUUGCAAACAACUUUACACGUGGAUAUACCAAACGCCCAAGCUUACAUACAUUUGCGGCGCGCUUGACUACGCUUUCCUUUUCUUGGCACUCACACCUACCGGCCAGUUGGACUACCAGUCGUUCCUGCUGUCCGACCCUCGCGCUUUCCUCGUUCCUCAUCUUGGUGACUGCCUCCACGACCGUUGGUGCGCCGCUUCUCUCCAACAUGUGUCGCUAUCGAUAUACUUAUUACUCGCGAUGUCGACACGCAGAGGUUUACAAGGUUUCCUACUGCGAUAGAGCGAUAGAACUUGGUCUGCCCCAGCGAGACAGUCAUUAUUCACGCGACAUCAACCUCAACGCCACAUCCGCAGGUCCCUCAGCAUACUCAUCGCCCCCCGCCGCGUCCACCCAUUCGAAUAGCCAGCAUUUCAUCAUGUCAACACUUACGCCUGUGAAAGUCGGCAAUACCCUGGACCUGGUGGCGAUGCCCCAAAAUGGCCACCCGGAUCAGGCUGCCCACCAUCCUCGCUCCAUUCACCCAAACAUGGAACAUGACGCUAUGCAGUCCUUCGCGCUAGUGGAUACUUCUAGCUACAACAAUGUCAAUAUAGCCAUUCCAUUGGAUAGUCCUUCUUCAUUGUCUAUGGAGCUCACCAAUGACGGUAAAGUCACUGAACUAGUCGCUCGAUUCGAGACAUACACCGAAGGCGAACACAGUGAGGCGUCUCCAGCUACACCCGGAAAUCGAAGUCGCAGCUCUUCUCUUGACAUUAACUGUUCCGACAACGACAAACCGGACACCUGCCGCCUUACUCCAGUACCUGAGGUUGAGUCACCUACCGGCAUUUUGUCUUCGCCAGACGUAGAAAUGCGAAAGCAGCGGAAGCCCCUUCCUUCCGAGUGGACUCAAACGGCCCAGCAAGCCCAAACGACCCCACCUACGCGUCGUGGUGCUCCAUUGCUACAAACCGAGCUUCGAAGCUCAAAACGUGAUAAGAGGAGAUCUACUAACAGCUCUUCGCCUCCAAAGUCACUUCGAGGCGGACGUGGCUGUGCCGAUUUGGGUAAACCGAAUUCGUUCUUGACCAAAGAGAAAAGCAAACCCAUGUCCACUUCAUCUUCCGCGCCUAGCACGCCCGGAGUUCGAAUCCCUCGGAGUGGUGUCGGGUCGAGUGCUAGUCUCCCUCAAUCACCUUCGCGAGGCCGCCUUGAGCACUCAAUUCUUUUCCCUGGUUCAUCCACGAAGGUAGCCUCUGGCUCUGGACACUGUCAGUCGUCUAGUAUUCAAUCGUCGGUGGAUGCUGAAUUCUACUCUGCCAAGGAGUCGCCGGUGAGUCGGGCUUCAAGUCGGUCCUUCACUUCGUGCACCCUUGGUUCUCCUUUUGAGGAGAAUGAGGAGAAUGAUGAUGCUAUCCCCCAUCUCGAUUUAGCUAAAGCUGACGAGAUGGUGCAGAUAAUUGAACAAGAUGGACCGAACAAGAGUAGAUUUCCAAAGCUCUCUCUGACAAUCCCAUCUGGUGCACACCAUCAUUCGGCACAAGCGGUAGGUUCGGCGUCCACUCUCAGCUCAGGCUCGCCCACUCGAUCAAGAAUUCCUCGCAUUCAUCCCAAAAGGUCGGCUGCGCAAUCCUCCCCGAAGACUCACUCUAUUCUGCGAACCAAAUCCAUGCCAAAGUUGGCGGCAGGCAAGCAGCCAAACGAUUCAAACGAGCCGGCACUAUCACCCAAAGAUAAAGAAUCAAAAGAUAUGCCACAGUCGAAAACUCCAGUUGCGAGUCGACGUGUCAAGACCGUGGACAGUACGGGAGCCACCCCAAUUAUCACGAGGGAAUCCCUGGCAAAUAAAGAACCUAAACCGGAUGCACACACCCUGGUACAUUCGUAUCUCAAGCAACUUCCUGAUCAGACUACUUCCCCUGAUACAGAGAGUGUGUCGUCGACGGAACCACAGCCAGACUUGGAGGAGGUUGUGGGCAAGAUGCUUUCAGAGUCUAUCCACGCUGAACGUGCAGCGUCACCUGCUGUGUCCCCGUCGACUGUAACAAAUGCAAUUGCUGCACAGACUGCUACCUCGGAUGAUACGGCUCUCAGUGAUCCGGCAGUCGUCUAUAGUCGUAAAAGAUCUACAGGCUCAGAAAGCAAAGCGUCUUCGAGUCACGAGUUACCCAAGACAUCCGAGACUGUUGCUGUCGUAGAUUCUCCGGUUAGAGGUCGCGGUGCUGCUCAUGAGCCCAAUGAUAGGAAACAGACUCUGAGCCAAUUGUCCAAGGCUUUAAAUAGUACUUUCUCCGAGUUGCGAGCCACCGCCCCCGAGUUUGUUCCCUCUGAAGUAAACCCACCAACCCGUACCAACACCUGGCUUUCAUCGUUGGAUCCUUUUGCUUUCGACGCAUAUGGUAUACCCUGGCUAUAUCACAUGCAUCCUGCGUUCGUAGGCAACCUACCCAAAACAUGGAAAGGUGGUAAAAAGAGCAAGACCAUGCCACGCGGUCGCAAACAAGGCGGCAACGAGUCGGCCUCUCCAUCUCCCACCAAGAUUCUGGAUGCGCUUAAGAAAGCGGUCCAAGAACCCGACGUGGACACUUCCAGUGUAAAAGCACAACCAUUUGCAGCCCAGUUCGACGAGAUUGAUCGCUCUGCAAAGGAUCUUGGGCAUAGUCGGGGAACAAGCAGCUCGCAGACCUUCCCUAAUAUUCGCGGCCGAAACUUUCGUCGAUCAACACGCCGUCACGCUGGUAAUGGUCUCUACGACAACUUUGCGCGGAGCACGCUGGGAAACGGAAUCCCACUUGAUCAGUGCAUCCCGUUCCCCGAUCCCACCCCGCCUUCAGGAACGGCUUCCGCUCGAGUUGGUCGUGUCGUCGAACAGAGCAAGUUAGGUUGCGGCUCGACGAUCGUGGAAAUUGCCAAUGAAUGGGGUGGUAUGGUUGCUUGCAACAGCUGUGAUCCCGAUCACUAA